AUGGACGCCGCUGCGGUGAUCGGGUGUUUCCGGGGCAGGAGCAUCCUCAUCACCGGCUCGACGGGCUUCCUCGGAAAAUUGCUGGUGGAGAAGAUACUAAGGGUCCAGCCGGACGUGAGGAAGCUCUACCUUCUUGUGCGCUCACCAGACGCCGCAUCCGCCCAGCAUCGUGUGCUCACCGAGGUUGUUGGAACAGAACUCUUUGAUGUUCUGCGAAGCAGGCACGGAGCUGAUUUCAACUCUUUGAUAAAAGACAAAAUUUUCCCUUUAGCUGGAGAUAUCGUGUACGAAAAUUGUGCACUCCCAAGCUCUACGAUUGAGCAGAUAUCCAAGGAAAUUGAUGUCAUUGUCAGUGUAGCUGCAACUACUAGCUUCUACGAGAGAUAUGAUGUUGCUUUGGCUUCAAAUGCCUUAGGGGUCGCCCAUGUGUGCCAUUUAGCAAACAAGUGUGGUAAUCUCAAAAUGCUCCUUCAUGUUUCCACAGCUUUUGUAGCCGGUGAUCAAGAAGGCUUGUUAAUGGAGAAACCAUUCAAAUCAGGGGAAUCACUAAGGAAAGGUUACAACUUGGACGUUCAAGCUGAGAUAAAAUUAGUUGAGAAUUUCAAGUCAACACUCAGGAUGCAUUCCUCUAAUGACAAGUUAGAAAAGAAGAAAAUGAAGGAACUUGGGUUGAAAAGGGCUAGGCACUUUGGUUGGCCUAACGUGUACUCACUCACAAAGGCUUUAGGGGAGAUGUUGCUUGGUAACUUAGGACGAGACCUUCCGGUUGUCAUAGUCCGCCCUAGCAUCAUACUCAGCACUUUCCAAGAUCCAAUGCCUGGAUGGAUAGAGAGGACUAGGACAAUUGAUAUGUUGUAUGUCGCCUACAAUGACCAAAAACUUCCAUGUUUCAUCGCCGACCAUAAUGUCAUAAGUGAUAUGGUGGGUAUUGCACAAAAACUAAUCCAAAACAUACAUACACAUAUCAAAAGUUGUUUAACCAUGUACAGAGGCAUGUGUUUGCCAACUACGUCAAAUAGGUUUAUACAUUUCACUCAUAUAUACCAGCACAGAGCCAUGGCCAUUCAUUGGGACCAGCACAGAGCUCAAGCAAUUUACCAUGUGACCUCAGGCCAUCGGAAUCCUUUGAACUAUUCUAUUACAGAGGAAUCACUUUAUGAAUACUUUCGUGCAAAUCCUCGUGUAUCCAACAGUGGGAUGAUUGUCAAGAAUAAAAGGGUGCUCCUUUUCAAGAAAUACACACAUUUCCAUUUAUACAUGAUCCUACGGUAUAAGAUAGCAUUAGAGAUGUUGCAUGUGAUGAGUGCAUUUGGGGGUUCAUUUUCCAAGAGUUACAAUAAGCUGAACCGCGGCUACAAUUUCCUGAUGCUUGUCGCCAAGUUGUACGCUCCAUAUGUCUUCUUUAAAGGGUGCUUUGAUGACACGAACAUGAGGAAGCUGUGGGUGGCGACCACUACAGACAAGCUAAAUGAGGAUUCCAUGUUUGAUUGUGAUCCUGCCUGCAUCAACUGGAGCUCGUAUCUCGUGAACACACACAUCCCAGCUGUUAUGGUGAAUUCACGCAAUGCCACAUGAAAAAGGUCGACAGGAUUGCAUAAGGGACGCAAAUUAUAAAGUUUAUUGCCAAGUCGGGAAUGAGCAUAUAUGUAUAUGCACUAUAUGUAUGCAUUGUUUUGUGUAUGGAGAUAUA